GUUGUGGACGGAGUUGUGACCGCGCACGCCUCAGGACCUCCGCGCGCCGGCACGUGUUCGCAGAAACGACGGUGACGAAGUCGAAAUGAAAAAGAAUGAAGACGUUUGCCGCGGUGCGUCUUUCAUCAAAGGUGCGUUCGUCCCCCGUACGUGUUUAACGUUUCGCGACCUGCCCCCGAACCACAUGCUAGGCAAGUUCUCACUUUUUUAAUUUUAGUAUUUUGAGGGGCCGAUGCGUCCCUCGCCUCCCCCGGAAAAUAUGCGGAGAAGCACACCCGGCUGACACGAAACGUAUGUGUGUGUGUGUGCGUGUGAAGAAACAGUGAGAACCUGCAGCACCCCAGCUGACUCUGAUGUUCGUCUAAAGAGAAAAAAGGAGAAAUUCGGCCAAUCCCUCAAAAGAAGAAGAAACGGCGCUGCAAAAGGGAAACUCGUAUUCAGUCUUCUCAUGACUGUCGUCCCAAUCGCCAUCUACUAACGUCUUGCGAAGAGCCCUGUCAUCCUCUCGCUUUCUUAUUUUUUCUAGUCCUUCUCUCCGGCAUGUACUCGCACUUCGCAUCGCCGCCAAUCACCGCAGUCGGCGGUCAGCUGCUCGUCUCGAGCGCUGCUCCGUAGAACGCCAUUAGUUUGAUGAAGGCAUGCAGAGUCACGAGAAGAAGAAGAAUAAUAAAAGUGACAAAAGGAAAACGGGGGUUGCGCAGCUGCGUGUGCGAAACACGGCGCGGCCUCGGGGAAGCAGAAUCGAAUAACAGCCCGUAAAGCAGCUGUAGCGGUGUUUCUCCUCUCUCUCGCUUGCAGUGUUGAACUCGCGCUCUCAGCGAGGGGUGCCGGUGUUGCCCGCGGCCGACGCCGCACCUGCGUGGACGCCAUUCAUUGACACGGCGAAAGGAAAAAGAGUUGUGUUCUCCUUUCUUCUUCUUCUCGGUGCGUGUGCGUGUGUGUGUGUGAGUGUGAGUGUGUGUUCCUCGUUUUUUUUUUGUUCUUAAGCAGUGUUGUGGCGUUCCGUGCUGCGACGGAGACCUUGGGCGAAGCAGAAGGAGUCGAUCAAUACAUCUACUUCUCUUUCUGCCUAUUCAGAAUAGAGAAGGUUUCGUGGGACUGGUUGAGGGUGUUUAAUUAAUAAAGAGAAAGAAGAAAGAAGUAAAGUCAGAGUCCUCUUAAGAGAGGGAGAGCCGCGAGUUUUUUUUCCCCCUUUUGUGUUGAUGGACGUUUCAAUAAACGACAAAAGGCAAUUUGACGGAUGAGUGAGGAAUAGUUUUGUAGGAGGAAGGGUAGUUGCAAUACUCACGUCUGCAUAAAUUACUGUAACAGCGGUGGUGAAGCAAGGGCUCUUUUGAGGAGGUGAUUUUGCCUUCAUGUGACGUGCAGGCGCCACGGUGUACCUCAUGAAAACAAAGGAAAAGGAAAAGGAAAAGAGAAAGGAACGUGAAGUGCGCGACCUCGAGCGCAUUUGACUUCUCUCCCUCCCCGCCUGGCCGUACAGGUUGCACUGUGCAACUGUGUCCACAACAGGUGGUGAGGGUUGACGUAGGCGCGACUCACGUGGUGGUAGUCCGGAGUGCUUUUCGAGAUGGGACGGGAGAAGGAAGAAGUGGAUGGAUGUAUAUCUGGCUGGGUUUUAGCAACGCAAUGCGCAAGAGAAGAUCGGUCCCGAUUCUCCUCUCCUCCUGUUUCCGCGUGUGUGUCGAUCUCGGCGCGUUCCUUCCCCCUCCCCCUGUUCUCUUCCCUCAACGCAACGCACGUUCUUCUUUCUCCCCCCCCACUCUCUCUCCUCCGGUGUUUCUGUGUCUUUUCUUGGCUUCGUCCACCUCGCACUCGUUGCGGUGCUUGUCCUUACCACGCCGCGCCGCUCUUCCGCCUUUCGCCCGGGGCUGAAUGCAUCUUCGCGUACAACGUCAACUUCUGGUGUUGCGAUACUUUUUGUUUUUACCUCCUUAUCAUGCGUAUUCCCCUUCUGCACGCAUCCAUCAACGAACACACACACACUCAUAUACACAUAUGUAUACAGAAUGAACUGUCUCGGAACGUUGCCGACUCGCCUCUCGCGUAGCUAAGCAACCGCACUGUCACCCUAUGGUCGCGUUGUAACAUAUAACCUUAAAGAAACAGCGAUAUAUCUAUACAUAUAUAGAUAUAUAGAUACGGAUAGAUAGUUCAAGCGAUAAAGGAAGACCUUCUACGCGGCCUUUCCAAGAAAAGCAACGGAGCGUUUUUGCUGUUUUCCUUUUUCUCUCCUUUUGCUCCUCCCACCAAUCGUGCGUGCCUGUGUGAGAUAGUGAGACAGAAGAGGAGGUGCUCUGGUGUUGCAUGGCACUCCGCUUCAUCUUUCAUAUAUAUAUUUCCCGCCUGUCCUUUUCUUUUUCUUCUCCCUCCCACCCCCUCUCUCCUCUGGCGGUGUCGAAAACACCUGAGAAGUGGGCUGAUCGCACCGCUCUUUCUGCUGGUGGAUGUAUCCACAAGCUUCAUGCCUAGCGAGAACGCAUCUUUGUUGACAGCUUGCCACCUGGUGCACAUGAGAAAAGGGGCGCGCGGUGACUAACGUACUAUUUUUUUUUAAAUUUUUGCUCGUCUUCUUCUGUUUUGCUUCCUUAUCACUAUUCGCUGCGCUCCGCUGUAGAACUGGGGAAAAAAGCAAGCAAUCCAGCAAACAAAAAAUAGCUGCGCCUUUCACCCGUGGAUUCUUUCCUUCACUUCUUGUAGGAUAAAAAGUGUUCUGCACGGUUGUGCACCUCUGCGUUCCUUUUUGGUUUUGAAUUUCAAAUUCUUUUGUACUGCCGUGCGACAUCGUUCGUCAACCUCUCUGACACUUGUUUCUUUCUUUACUGUUGUGCCGCCGCGUCGCUCUCUUGCCGAGCGCCGGCGAUGGUGUUUUUUCACUUCAUCCUUCUUCUUUCCUUUACCCCCCCGCAGACGUGAGGUUUUAGUCUGUACGUCUGAUACGCCGCCGUCGGCGUUCCUCUUCCUCGCUCGUCUUUUCGCCCUCCAUUUUUUCUUUCUUUUGGGUUUCCUCCGAAAGGCGGGACGCUGCACAGAGGAGGUGCUCCGGCGAACAAACUCGCUGUCUCGAUUUGGUGGUGCUUGCUCCUUUUUUUUUACUCUUUCCAAAAGCAUUAUUCUCCUCCUUUUCUUUUCGCUGCUGUGCGAGCUUGGCGAAGUUGAUCCGACACGGAGUAUGGACGCCGCGACACACGUCGGCGUCCCGUUACGCGCCUCGGCCGGCGGCGGAUCCGCCGCGUUUUGUGUGGUGUGCGGGCGGGUUCGAGACCACCUCGUCCUCCGCAAAUCUGGUUUAAAGUGUCCGAGCUGCAUUGGGAGGUCGGCCAGCAAACGGUUCCGCCACGUGCACGGGCAGCCGAAGUCGCAGCAUCUCUCGCACGUCGACGGCAGCUCUCCGACGGCCGGUGGCGGGGAAACCUCCUCCACCGCACCCCCGGGAGACUCCUUCUCCACGACGGUGGUGCUGUCGCACUCGCCGUCGUCGUCCGCGCUGCCGCCCAACGAAAGCGUGAGCGGCACGCUCGACUCCGGCGGCAGCAGCGGCGCUGCUCGCCGCCCCAUCGAGGAGUACAUCAGCGGCACCGCCAUUUUCAGGGCCGCCGUGAAGUUCGCGCGACACGGCAAGAAGAGCCGCGACGCCGACGGCUGCAGCACCGCAGGGGACGCGGUGGGGAGUGAGCGGACUUACCCCUCCCCCUCAACGAUGAGUCAGCGCAGUGUCAACAACGCCGCGGCGCCCGUCGCUGGUGACACCGUGCCUCCUGCGCAGACGCGGCAGCCCGUAAGCGCGUCGUCAGGUCUGCACCGGCCGGCCGCCAUCAACACCGCAGGUCACGCAGCGCCGCCGCCGGUCCCCCGCACCCGGGCCGCUCUUGGCGACGCCGCCGAUGCGGCACAGGGGCCCACGGGUCCCCGCAGCGCCGCUCCCAUCGCCGAUGGUCUGCCGCGGCGCCUACCACGCCGUCGCCCGCUGACGAGCCCCGCUGGUGCAUCGACGGCGUCGUUGGCGAUCCGCGAGACGGGCGGCGUUUCCGCCCCGCCGCCGAUGCCGCCGUCUGGCUCCCCAUCCGAGGAGACCGUCAAGACCAACGGCGCUGGUGCUGCGCCUACCACUGUGCGCUGCAUCGAGGAGGACGACACGCCGUCGGAAAGCCUCAGCGGCGUUGUCCACGGCGGCCCGCUGCCACCGCUGGAGCCGACGAAAGACCCGUACGCGUCGCCGCCGGGUACCCCGCUAGCGGACACCAGCCCGUGGACUGUCGGCGCCGCGCAGUCGAGCCCACCACGGCCUUGCCACACCGCGUCCUUGUCAGGAGUGGUCUUUGACGCAGCGCGCACCGCAAGUCCGUCGCCAAACAUGACGGCAGACUUCAGCGCCAACCCGCUCGCUCCCCGUGCGGGCAGCCGGGCGGGGUCCUCGUCGUCCUCGCUGCUGGAGCGGCGCUCGUCGACGCGGCUGCCGGCACGCAAGGCGCACGCGCCGUCUACCAGCAGCCUGGCCGGCGACGCCCACCUGCGCACGGCGUCGUUCCUCACGCAGGCCUCAACAGGGACCUGCUCCGCGGUGCCGCCGGCCCCGACAAACGGCCACUCCGCGAGGCCAGGUGGGCAGACGGCGAGCUGCAGUGAAACAUCCUCGCUGCGCCGCAUGCCGCGCACCGACCGCACCGGUAUGGAGGGCACGGCGGAUGCACGCGGCUGCGGUAGGUCGGCCUCGUCGGGCGCAUCUCCCUCAUCGUCGUCCUCCUCCUCCUCCUCCGGCAGCGAGUCUGAUCGUGUGCGCUCCUCGUCUCUCUCCUCCUCGCCGGCCUCCGUGGAGGGAGCCGCCGCACCGCCCAGCGCCACCGCACGUCCGACGAGAAGGAAGGCGAGGAACAGGGUAACCGGCCGUCGAAAAGCCCACCGGAGCACACACGUCGAUCCGUUGGCCCCUUGCGCGGUGCGCAGUCUAGAUGCGAUCCAUCUCACUGUCGAGCUCGCGCCGCCGCCGCCAACCGACGGCAUCGACGCCACCGCCGUUGCUGCUGCGACCGGGGCCGCGUCCUCCCCGAGGCGUAAGGGCACGGCGAGCAGCGUGUGCAGCAGCAGCAACACUCCGCGCUCCGACUCCACCACGCCCCUGCACAGCAGCGGCAAUGAUGGGUACCAGCGACAGGUGGGGAUGGGCGGCGUCUCUGGCGCCUUCACCGUUACGCGUCACCUCCGACAGCGCAGCAGCAGUGACGCGUAUGGUGGGGUGGGUGUGCUCGGCGCCAACGCCCGCCCGCGACGGGGCAUAGCGGCGGACUCGGCCGCCACCGGAGGACGUACCGAGGUGAAGAAAAUUGCGUUCCGCAUUGUCGUGCGAGACCGCCCGUCCGGUCUCGCAGUUGUCGCACGGGAGUGUAGGCUAUACUCGCAGAUCAUUCCUGCCCUGGAGCGAGUGAAGAUGAUCGCCGGGGCUGAGCUGCCGGCAUGCCCCAACAAGCGGCUGCCCAGCCUGCGUUUCGCGACGGACGCCUUCACCGAGGAGCGUCGCGCCGAAGUAGAGCUCUUCCUGCAGGCGGUGGAGCGGAGCCCGUUCUACGUGCGGCACCCAGACGUGCUGAGCCUUCUUGGAUUGGAGGCGAACAGCGCGGGCGGCGGCACCGUCCUUGCCUCACCAGACACCAGCGGCGGCAGCGUCGGCAGCGGGCUUGCUCAUGGCACCGGUGCUCGUCGCGGCCCCUCCGCCGAACCGCGCGGAAAGAGCGCUGCUGCUGGUACCACGCCGAGACACGAGCGCAGCCCACAAGGGACGGGUGGCACAGACGGAGGCGGCCGCCACCGCCAUGCGGAGCCCCUCGCUGCGUCGGCCGCCUCCACGGCCGAUACCGCGAACAACACCACCACCUCCACCGGCGCCGGCGGCUACCUCAACUCCGUGGCGCUCGAUGCCUACCGUGCGCCAGCCACCUGCAGCAGUGCCGCACAGCCGGCGGGUUUGUUCUGUCGCACCCCGAGCCAGUCUAGCGUGCAGACCUCGCGCUCCUCGUUGGUGCGGCGUCACAAGAUGGAUGAGGUGACCAUGGAGGACCUGGAGCACAUCCAACUGGGCAACCUCAUCGGCCGUGGCACCUUCGGCUCCGUCUACCUCGGCCUCCUCCAAACGCAGCGCGGUCCGUUAAUGGUGGCGGUGAAGGUGAUGACGGUGGGUGAGGAGGUGCCCCCCGAGGAGCUGGCGUGCCUGCAGCGUGAGCUGGACGUGCUGUGCGCGACGCGACACAAGAACAUCAUUCGAUUCCUCGGCAGCUCGCUGAACGCCACGACGCGCGACCUGCGCGUGUUCACCGAGUACGUGGAGUGCGGCACGAUUCACUCACUGGUGGAGCGCUUCGGUGCGCUGACGCUGCUGUCUAUCCAGCAGUACAUGCGCCAGAUUCUGCACGGCCUGCAGUACUUACAUCGCCUCUCCAUCGCCCACCGCGACAUCAAAGGGGAGAACAUCUUGGUCACCAAGAACGGCCGUGUGAAGCUGUCGGACUUCGGCAGCAGCACCGGUGCUCCGGCUGACCAUGCCGCCGUGGCCGCCGCCGGCGCUGCGGAGGCCGAUUGCCCGGUCGGGUCCCCGUCAUACAUGGCCCCGGAGGUGAUCCAAGGCACGGUGCGGUCCGCCUUGGCCGCUGACAUUUGGUCACUUGGCUGCGUCGGUAUUGAGAUGCUGGACCGGCAGAUCUGGGAGGUGAAGCCGCACGUGAACCCGUUUGUGUUCCUCUUCCGCGUGAGCAAAGCCGGCACCCCGCCGCAGGGGCUGCCCACCGUGGCGGAGCUCGUGGCGCUGCAGCAGGCCGGCAAGGGCGACGAGGCGGUGCAGUUCGGCCUCUACCGCGACUUUCUGCUGCUGUGCUGCCAGGUGGACCCCGAGAAGCGGCCCACGGCGACCGCGUUGCUGCGGCAUCCGUUUAUGACACAUCCAUACGCAAAACACCUGCGGUGGCUGCCGCCUGCGCCGGCCUGCAAAAACGCACCUCCGCCAAGCUGA